GGAUCCCAUGGAGCGUUCUGAGGAGCUACUCCUCCGCCAGCGCCAGGGAGAAGGCGGGGAGAAAUGCUGUCUGUGAAAGGACGGAGCUGCUGGAAGUGCUAAAAGCUCGAGUGAAGCAGCUCCAAGCCAGUAAUGCCUCAGAGGUGAUGGUCAACAAAGUGGAGCUGGCCCCGCUGGGCAGUGACAAGCACCAGAACCCACUGGGGAAGGCGAUGGCUGCCGGCCACGCAGAGGAGCAGCCAACUCCCAGGGCAAGGGGCAAGAGCCCGGCCCAGCCCGGCAGCUGUGUCAAGACGUUGAAGGAGGAGAUGCACAUGCAGCAGCUGAAGGUGGAGCGCAGGUUAUCCAUCGCUGCGUCCCAGCCCGCUCCAGAGGCCAAGGCCAAGACAGAGGGCAAGGCCAAAGCUAAAACCAAGAAGAGCGUGAAGAGCCCGAAGAGCCCAAAGGUUGAAGUGGCUGGUGCCUGCAGCCAGAGCCACGCUGGCUCCCAUGGGGUCCCUGCCCAUGGCAAGCCCAGAGUGGUGGCAGUGAAGGAGAGCACAAAAGCGCAGAGGCCUCGGCGGGUGCUGGAGGACAAGGACGGCAGCCAGCACAAGGUCAUGCAGCAGACCCUCCAGUCCAACCUCGAGUGCUUCUUCUUCCUGCAGCAGCCAGAGGAGGCCGAGAGGUUCCUUGUGCAGUGCCGCAGGUCCCCUGUGAAGAGGAGGCUUUUGAACGUCAACGCAUACAACAUCGUGAUGCGCAGCUGGGCGAGGAAGGGCUGCCUGCAGCGUGUCAACCGGCUGUUCUCCAUGCUGGAGUCCGUUGGCCUCCAGCCCAGCCUGGACUCGUAUGCAGCAGCACUGGAGUGCAUGGGCCGGAGCCAAUCACCCACCAAAGCAAUCUGGAGAUGUUUACAGCAGCUGGAGAGCAACGGGUUCCAUGUGGAUGAGCUCUUCCAGAAGUGCUUGUUUGAGGAGGAUGAGAAGGAGAUGAUGCUGAAGGCUAUCAGGACUGUGCAGCCCGACUACCAGCUGCCUCCUCCGCCCAGCCCCCAGACCUGCAAAUCUUCUCUGCUGCAGGACUUCUACUCUAAGGAGAAGACGGUGUCGUACCCCAAGCUGGAUUUCACUGUGCAGGAGUUGCAGGAGCGCUUUCAGCAGCAGCUGAAGAUGGAACUGGACAUCACCAUAACCAUCGAGUCAGUGGAGGCAACCAAACCUCUGACCCCACAAGCCAUUAAAGCGCGCAAGCUGCUGGCCACCCUUCGUGCCCAGUGGCAUGACUCCAUCCUCCAGGCCCUGCAGAAGUCAAAGCACAACAUGUCCAAGCUCAAGACGGCUUACAACAAGCCGAGUUACAGCAUCCUCUACCCCUACCUGUGUCUGCUGCCUGAUGAGGAGUACGUGGGCAUCAUGCUGCAGAUCCUCAACACCUUCUCUCCGCAAGGGGAAUCCCUGGCUGUCUUGGCCAGGGAGCUGGGCUCCAAAGUCUACGACAGAUACAUCACGCAGCGGAAGCUGCGCAGCCGCCAGCUGGAGAAGGUGCAGGAGGUCUACAAGGACUACAUCCACCUGCUGGCGAAGGACAGCCAGCCUGAUCAGUACCUGCCACGGGAAUACUGGGAGAAGCUGGUGACAGAAGCGGGCUUUGGGCCUUCGCUGAACUUGAAGGACUGCAGCUGGUCUUACAUGAUCGUGAUGCGCCUGGGCAUGUACAUGCUGGAACUGCUGGUGCAGGCUGUCAAGGUGCCCAGGAACAUCCUCAACCCCCGCCUGGAGCCCAAGCUUAUCCCUGUCCUCUACCACAUCUACUCCUUUCGCAGCAGCUGGCAGGUUGGGCUGAUAAAGCCCCAUCCCAUCUUCUCCCAGAUGGUGUCGGACGCUGCAGAGACCAUGCUGACCUUUAACUCCUCCGCCAUACCGAUGCUGUGCCCCCCGGUGCCUUGGACCUCCCCCCACUUCGGUGCUUUUGUGCUGAACGACACCAAGCUGAUGCGCUUUGUGGACGCAGCUGUCCAGCACCAGCUGCUGCUGGAGCAGUGUCCCCCAGUGAACCUCCACCCCGUGCUGGAUGCCCUGAACCAGCUGGGCAACUGCCCCUGGAAGAUCAACCAGCCGGUGCUGGAUAUCAUCAUCUCUAUCUUCAACGAUAAGGGCAACGAGAAGCUGGACAUCCCACCGCCUGUCUCCGAGGCCCCCAGGCCUUCUGGUCCCAGCAGCCCCUCUGCCUUGAACAAAUCUCAGAAGCACGAGCUGUUGAUGUGCAAGAAGAAGGCGGCUGAGAUGCACAGCUUGCGCAUGGAUGCUCUCUAUAAGCUCUCCAUCGCCAACUACGUCAGAGACAAGGUGUUCUGGUUCCCUCACAACAUGGACUUUCGAGGCAGGACUUACCCUUGCCCGCCCUAUUUCAACCAUCUGGGGAACGAUGUCACCCGGGCCAUCCUGCUCUUUGCGGAGGGAAGACCACUGGGCCCCAAGGGCCUGGACUGGCUGAAGAUUCACCUCGUGAACCUGACGGGACUGAAGAAGAAGAACGCCUUGCAGGAGCGGCUGGAAUACGCCAACGAGAUCAUGGAGGAGAUCCUGGACUCGGCCGACCGCCCACUCGUGGGCAGGAGGUGGUGGAUGAACACCGACGAGCCCUGGCAAGCCUUGGCGUGCUGUAUGGAAAUCGCCAAAGCCUCAAGGUCCCCGGACCCAGCAGCCUACAUCUCCCACUUCCCCAUUCACCAGGACGGCUCUUGUAAUGGUCUGCAGCACUACGCAGCUCUAGGCCGGGACCUUAUUGGCGCCACCUCCGUCAAUCUGAUGCCCUGCAGUGUCCCCCAGGAUGUCUACAGUGCGGUGGCCCAGCAGGUGGAGGAGUUUCGGAAGAAGGACGCUGAACAGGGGGUGAGGAUCGCCCAGGUGCUGCAGGGGUUUAUCAGCCGCAAGGUGGUGAAGCAGACGGUGAUGACGGUGGUGUACGGCGUCACGCGCUACGGCGGGCGGCUGCAGAUGGAGAAGCGUCUCAAGGAGAUCGAGUUCCCUGAGGAAUACUUGUGGGAAGCGUCUCACUACCUCGUAAAGCAGGUGUUCAACAGCAUCAAGGAGAUGUUCUCGGCGACUCGAGAUAUCCAGAACUGGCUGACGGAGAGCGCCAAGCUCAUUGCCCAGUCGGGACGAACGGUGGAGUGGGUCACGCCGCUGGGUCUCCCCAUCGUGCAACCCUACUAUCGGUCCACGUCCACUGUGCUGAAUUGCACCAUGCAGAGGCUGAGUGUGAAAAGCUUCAACAGCAACCAGAAGCCUGACACGGUGAAGCAGAAGAAUGCCUUCCCACCCAACUUCAUCCACUCGCUUGACUCCACGCACAUGAUGCUCACGGCUCUGCACUGCCUCAGGCAGGGUCUGACCUUCGUCUCAGUCCACGACUGCUACUGGACUCACGCGCUCUCCGUGGACGUCAUGAACCAGAUCUGCCGCCAGCAGUUUGUGGCUCUGCACAGUGAGAAGAUCCUGCAGGAUCUGUCCGAGUUCAUGCUGGAGAAAUACUGCAGCCCCGGCAGGGAGACUCGAGCCCUCUGGCAGAAGAAGCUGAUGGAGCAGCUGUCGAGUGUCCCCAAGACAGGGGAGCUCAACCUGCAUAGGGUGAUGGAUUCCACCUAUUUCUUCAGCUGA